AUGGCUCUAGUGGUGCUGUUACAGACAUCAAACCCACCUUCACGCAUGCAGCUCCGUAUGAUUCGGCUAGCAAUGACGGGUCACCUCACAUUCUCCUUGCAAGCAGACUCGACGAAUAACCUCGCCGUGUACGAAAAUACGGCUUUAGCAAGACGAAACAUCGGCUCCUCCCGGUGCCUUCAGAUUUUCAGGCUCGAAAGACGCCAGACGCCAUCUGAGGACAACGGUGGUCACCCACUGGACGCCAGGGAUCCAAGCCGCAACUAG